AUCUUAGAAGUUUUCAAACAAGUUAGUAUCAACAUCCCUUUCUUAGAUGCCAUUAAACAAAUUCCUGCCUACUCCAAAUUUUUAAAGGAUCUUUGUACUGUUAAAAGAAACACUAAUGUUCCUAAAAAGGCAUUUUUAACUGAACAAGCUAGUUCCAUUAUUCAAUAUAAGAGUCUUGUUAAAUAUAAAGAUCCUGGGUGUCCCACAAUUUCAUGCAUUAUUGGUGAUCAUUUUAUUAACAAAGCUUUACUUGAUUUGGGUGCUAGUGUAAAUUUAUUGCCUUAUUCAGUUUAUAAGCAACUUGGUAUUGGUGAGCUAAAACCUACCUCUAUAACUCUGCAAUUAGCCGAUCGUUCUGUGAAAAUUCCUAAAGGCAUUAUAGAUGAUGUUUUGAUAAAAGUUGAUAAAUUUUAUUUUCCUGUUGACUUCAUUGUUCUUGAUACUCAACCUGUGGAAAAUAUGCAUGCUCAAAUUCCUAUCAUUUUAGGUAGAACAUUCUUAGCUACAUCUAAUGCAAUCAUAAAUUGUCGUAAUGGUGUUUUGAAAUUAUCUUUCGGAAAUAUGACUGUUGAAUUGAAUGUAUUUAAUGUUGCAAAAUCUAUUGAGUGUGAAGAAGUGCAUGAAGUUAACAUGAUAGAUAGUAUUUGUGAAGAUGAUGGAAAUGACUUACUUGAUUUUUGUGAAAAAUACUUUGGUAUGAACUUGCAUAUUGAUGACUUUAAUGAUGAUGUGAAUGCUUUGCUAGAGUCUAUACCCUUAAAUGAAACCAAAGUUGAACCUUUUUCACCCUUAGGUCAUGUUCAAUCAAUUUCUGAGUCUCCAAAGUUAGACCUUAAACCUUUGCCAGAAAAUUUAAAAUAUGCUUUUCUAGGAGAGUCUGAAACCUUACCUGUUAUCAUAGCAUCCGCUUUAGAUAAAGAACAAGAAGAAAUACCAUCUCAUUGGUCUAAGCAUGAUAAAUCUAAAUUUUAUUCUGAGGUGAAAAACUUUAUUUGGGAUGAUCCUUACUUGUUUAAAUACUGCCCUGAUCAAAUAAUUAGAAGAUGCAUUCCAAAUUGUGAGGCGUAUCGUACCGCGUACAAAACACCCAUUGGCAUGUCACCCUACAGACUUGUGUAUGGGAAGGCGUGCCAUUUACCUGUUGAGUUAGAACAUAGAGCCUUUUGGGCAAUUAAGCAGUUAAACUUUUCUUUAGACAAAGCAGGUGAGAAACGAAAGCUUCAACUAAAUGAACUAGACGAAAUUAGGAAUGAUGCAUAUAACUAUUCAAAAAAGUAUAAGGAUUGUAUGAAAUUUUACCAUGACAAAAAUAUUUUGAGAAAAGAUUUUUCUCCAGGUCAGAAAGUCCUUUUAUACAACUCUCGUUUGCAUUUAUUCCCGGGAAAGUUACGUUCUAGGUGGUCUGGUCCUUACAUUGUUCAGGACUCCGACAUGUCAAACCCAGCCAGCGAAAUGAGGAGACUCAUCAAGGACAGGGCGGCCAAGAAGGCGGCCAGGAAAGGAAAUGAGGUGACGGGCUUGGAGCUCCAACUUACCAGGGAAACGCCCAAGACCGAGCUCCGUCUAGGUGAAGAAGCUCUGGCCGUGGUUCCCUUCCAGGCCGUGGAGCUUGCUGCAGACUUCGCUUCUGACCAACCCCCCAUGAUUGAUUUGGAGGCGGGCGCGGCUGUCAGCCGGAGCUCCGGGAAGAGGGGCCCGGAGGCUGACGCUGGAGAAGGUAACAUCGGGAAGAGGCCUCGGACGACGCGGGUUGAUCUGUUGUCCCAACGGAGUGUGGACCUGGUGGCCGAGCUUGCCAUAAAGAUCGAGACGGCCAAGCUAGAGUUGAUGGCAGCCGUGAAUCAGAGGGAGGCCGCCAAGGAGACCCUUGGCCGGGAGACGGCCCGCCUCCAGGCAGAGGUGGCCCGCGUGCAGGCGGAGCGUGAGGAGCUCGGCCGCGCCAAGGUCGGGUUGGAAGAGGAGUUGUCUCGUAAGACAAAGGAUGCCGAUGAACGGGCGACGCUCUUGGAGAUGGCCGCGGCAUAA